UGGGUUAUCACAAAAAAUAUUUAUCAAAAACUCACACUGUCACAAUUAAAAGUCGAAACUCUUUUGACGGUUUUUGUUUUUCUCCAGCAUGUUGACAUUCAACAUGGCGGCAUGUCGUCAGUGCUGUGCUGUGUCGUGCUUGUGUAACUAAGAACCUCGAAAUUUAGCAUAGAAAAUUUGAAGUAACAAGUAUACAGCGCAACUACGGGCCUUGAAGAAAAUUAUGAGCAUUAUAGCACAAAACGCACCCAGCACGCAUUGAAGACAUCUGAGGAUUUUUUAUUUAAUUUUUCAUACGUUUCAUACAAAUUUUGAGUGACUGUGAGUUGUAAUUUUUUAUACCAUUGGAUUGUCUUUUUUUCACUUGAUAUAUUGUGAACUUGUUGGUAAUUGAGUAUAUUGUGAAUGGAAUCAUUUUGAAGUGGGUAAUUUUUUGAUGAUUCGGCUGCCAUAAUUGACUUUGGGGGUAUUUAUUAAAUAAAUACUGUUUUUUUAAACCAUUCUGUGAUAUUCACUACACUUAAGAAACGAUAAAAGAAGUGCAAAGAUUAAAAAGAAGAAGCAAAAAACCAUUGUACCAAAUAUGUCCACGAAUCCUCAGUGGAAAAACUUCCAGCCGCCCCCUGACACCAUCACUCAGGAUACUAGCAUCAUGGAUUUUAAACCUAUGGCCAGUACUGGCAAACCUUCUCAAGCAUUCAACUUCACUCGAUCAACGUCAUCUUCUCGUUUCGGAGAUUUUCCGUUGCUGCAAGAAAAAUCGUUACAACCUUACAACAACGGUUUAUAUGGCUCCUCGAGUACCACACAUACAUCGCCCCGUUUUCCCAUCGGUACUUUCUCCUUAGACAGCACCAAUAAUGUCUACAACAGCAGUGGUGAUAAUUCAUUGAAUAAUACCAGCAUCUUCUCGAAUGGAAACAAUACUAGUACUAGCUACAACAAUGAUUCUUCUAAUUCCUCUAAUUUGGGUACUAGAGAAACUGGAAUUAUUGAAAAACUUCUGCACUCGUACGGGUUUAUUCAAUGCUGCGAACGCCAAGCGCGUCUCUUCUUCCAUUUUAGUCAGUUUAGUGGAAACAUAGAACACUUGAAAAUUGGGGAUCCUGUCGAAUUUGAAAUGACAUACGACAGACGUACCGGAAAACCUAUUGCAAGCGCAGUUACGAAAAUUGCCCCAGAGGUAGUUAUGAGUGAGGAACGUGUGACCGGUACGGUAACUACAGAAUUGAGGUCUGCUGAGGGUUCGGCUGGUGACACCACUGGAAGAAUUAGUUAUGAAAAUCGAGGAGAAUGCUUCUUCUUGCCUUACACCAAAGAUGAUGUCGAAGGAAAUGUAACAUUAAGAUCUGGAGACAAAGUUAGCUUUCAAAUUGCAACCAACAAUCGAGGAAACCUUGGUGCCUGUCACGUUAGACUGGAGAAUCCUGCUCAUCCUGUUAAAUAUCAAGGAGUUGUAUGUUCGAUGAAAGAGAGCUUCGGUUUUAUAGAAAGAGCGGAUGUAGUAAAAGAAAUAUUUUUCCAUUUCUCUGAAGCGAAAACCAAAGAAGAAUUGAGAUUAGGUGAUGAUGUAGAAUACAUAAUUCAAACAAGAAAUGGAAAAGAGGUGGCUUGUAAUAUCACCCGUUUACCACCCGGUACUGUCAUAUUUGAAGAUCUGAAGGCGGAUAUAAUGAAAGGACAAGUACUGAAACCUAUCGAUCGAGGACCACGUAAUCCUAACGACGCUUUACCGGGUCGAAUCAGGUACCGGGCAGCAGAUCAUUCAGAAGUCGAAAUAUCUUUCAGCGAAAAAGAUCAAAUGGGAGAUUUUACUCUACGUCACGGUGAUUGGGUACAGUUUCAAAUAGCUACCGAUAGAAGGGAUGCUUUGGAUAGAGCAACUCACAUCAUGUUAUUGGACGAAAGCUUCAAAGUAUCGGGCGAGAAAAGAGAACAAGGUGUAGUGUGUUCUGUAAAAGAGGGAUUCGGUUUCCUGAGGUGUGUCGAGAGGGAGGCGAGGCUGUUUUUCCAUUUUAACGAAAUAUUGGACGUCGAACGUACCAACGAGGUGCAAGUAGGCGACGAGUUCGAGUUCACUGUCGUUCAAGAUCAGACGAGCUCGGGCAUGUUUUCAAGCAAUCGACAAAGUGCCAUUAGAAUGAAAUGGUUACCGCCAGGUACUGUACAGUUUGAAAUAAGAAUAGAAAACGACUUAACGGGUAUCGUGACAAGUGACUUACCGUUGAGCAACUGGAACAACAGAAGCCCUACGAAGAAUCAAAACGGUUUGACCGGAGAAAAUAGCAAUCCAGAAUGUGGAUUGAUCGGUUAUAGCAUCAGUGGAAUUAAAAAGACAAUUUCCUUUUAUGCUAAAGACUGCAAUCCAAAACAAAUACCAAGAGUUGGAGAUAAGGUUCAAUUUAAUAUCAAUCAAGUGAAGAGGAACAAAGAAUUUAUAGCAGUAGAUGUACAGAUAGUUCAACCCGCUAACCAAACCAAUGGAAUUAAACACGUAAUAACAAGAAAUAACGGUGCACAAGUUUACCAAGGAUUCAUAGCAGCAUUGAAAGAUGGUUUUGGUUUUAUUGAAACAAUGCAACAUGAUAAAGAAGUUUUCUUCCAUUUUAGUAAUUUCGGGGGCGAAUCUAGUAGUCUAGAUUUAGGUACUGAAGUGGAAUAUAACUUAGGUACCCGUGGUAAUUCCGGUUCUUGUUCUUCUGCCGAGAACGUUAAAGUUAUUCCAAAAGGUACCAUUACUCUACCGGAAUAUCAAGGAGAUAUACUAGAAGGUACCGUCGUGAGACCUUUGCGAUCCGUAAACCCCGAUCAGAAUGAGUACUCCGGACUUAUCAGAACGAAAAGUGAAAAUCACAAUGAUAAAGUGGAAGAAUACGAAUUUGGAAUUAUGGGAUUGGUUAACAAAAGAGAAUUGUUACAGGUUGGUGAUCACGUUCAAUUCCAGGUCGAUACCACCGGCAGAGCUGCUAACAUAGUGGCCGUGAGGAAAAAACUAAAAGCUACAGUCGAUGCCAUCAAAGGUCAUUUCGGUUUUCUGGCUUACGAAGUCGAAGAAGGAAAAAAGCUAUUUUUUCACAUGACCGAAGUUAAAGAUAACGCCAGUCUACAAGUUGGAGAUACUGUUGAAUUUGUCCUCGUCACCAAUCAUAGAAGUGGAAAAUCCUCCGCUUGCAAUGUUGUUAAAGUCAGCAACUGCCAUUUGUAUUACAGUGAUGUCCAAGCCCGGCCAGAAAGACUAAUAAGUAGACUGCGAACCAUUUCGGUGGACGAUACAGGACCGAAACUAAUGGUGAUGCGUCAACCAAAAGGACCUGACGGCUCUAAGGGAUUCUCGUCUGAGGCACGCUCGAAUCGCAUACCCGGUGUCGUGCCUAAAUAAAAAAAUUAAUUCUUAAAGUAAAUUGCAUAGUCAAAUUCAUUUUUCAUUAUUGUCAUUUACAAAAAAAAACUGUAGGAUCUAACUUACUCUUGUCUUGUAGCAAUGGAGUUGGUUUAAUAUACUGUAUUAUAUAAAUUAAGGGAUGUCUAAGUAAGAACAAUAUUUUGCGGGUUCUAGACAAGAAUAGAUAGAGUAAUUUUGGAAGACGCCGUCCUUUUUAAUUUAAUUUAGACAUAAUUAUUUGUUGAAAUAUAAGAAAUCUAGUUUCAUUUUAAUAUAAAUACAAUAAAAAAACGUAAUCAUCAUGAAUGUCAUUUUAAAAAUAAUUUAACUUAUAGAGAAGUUGAUUAUAUUCAUAUUCAAUAACUAUACAAUGACAUUGUCUGAUCGUUCCAGCCGGAUAUGGAUCUAUAGAAGGUUUGAAAGACCAAAAAGUGUAAUUGUUAAUAUCGUUACUGCAUAUCUUCAACUAAAAUCGAAUUUUUUUUCUAAAAAGUUGCCAGUUGCUACUACGAGACUCACAGUAACAUGAUCUGGUUCUUCGAGCCGGAUAUUAAUCACAUAGAAGGCUCGAAGGACCAGAUAAUGUUAUUGUUAGUGCCGUUACUAUAUAUCUUCAACUAUAAUCGAGUUCGUUUAACGUUGAUAUGAAUUCUCUCUUUUCAACGCGAAAAUUUAUAUCGUUGCAAGUUUCUCCACAAUGUUUCACGUUGAAAUGGUUUAAAAAGCUCCUCCAGUCCUAAAUCUAAGGUAAUAGCACAAUUUUGGCUAAUUUGGUUGAUAAAUAUAGCAUCAAACUCCAAUUAUAGUGCGUUUUCACGAAUAUGUAUUUUAUAGUUUUGAAAUAAGAAAUCUAGUUAGAUUCUAAUAUAGAUACACUAAAAAAUCAUAUUAAAUUCUAAACUAAAAUUAACUUCAGGAAACAAUGAUAAUCAUUCUAAUAAACUGCAACAACACUCACAGUAAUUUUAUCUGGUCCUUCCAGUCGGAUAUUAAUCACCUAAAAGGCUCGAAGGACCAGAUAAUGUUAUUGUUAGUGCCGUUACUAUAUAUCUUCAACUAUAAUCGAGUUCGUUUAACGUUGAUAUGAAUUCUCUCUUUUCAACGCGAAAAUUUAUAUCGUUGCAAGUUUCUCCACAAUGUUUCACGUUGAAAUGGUUUAAAAAGCUCCUCCAGUCCUAAAUCUAAGGUAAUAGCACAAUUUUGGCUAAUUUGGUUGAUAAAUAUAGCAUCAAACUCCAAUUAUAGUGCGUUUUCACGAAUAUGUAUUUUAUAGUUUUGAAAUAAGAAAUCUAGUUAGAUUCUAAUAUAGAUACACUAAAAAAUCAUAUUAAAUUCUAAACUAAAAUUAACUUCAGGAAACAAUGAUAAUCAUUCUAAUAAACUGCAACAACACUCACAGUAAUUUUAUCUGGUCCUUCCAGUCGGAUAUUAAUCACCUAAAAGGCUCAAAGGACCAGAUAAUGUAAUUGUUAGUGUCGUUAUUGCAUAUAUUUUAUAAUCAAGUUCGAUGUAGAAAUGAAUUUCAAUUUUCAAAAAAAAAAACUCUUCAAUACCAAAAUUGCCAGUUUUAUCUCGAUGUUGCCAGUUGUUUCAUAUUGAAAUGAUGCUAAGUCUUAAAUCUCAUAAAAGGACAAUUUCGAAUAAUGUGGUUAAUAAAUCUUUCUCCAAAAUUCAGUUAUAGUGCAUCUUUAUUAAUUUGUAUUUGAUAGUGUUGAAAUAACAAUAUUCCGCUUACUUCUAAUAUAAAUACAUAUACUAAAAAAAUCAUCAUUACGUUAUCUUCAACUUCCUCAAACAAUUUAUACCGAACUACUACAAUAACGUUACCUGAUCCUUCAAGCCGAAUAUGAAUCUAUUUAAGGCUUGAAAGACCAGAAAGUGUAAUUGUUAGAAUUUAUAAAUUGUGUGUUACUUAAAUCAGAGUAAUAUAGUGAAAAAUAUAAUGAAAAUGAGUAUCUGUAAUGAUGUAAUUUAACGAUAAAUAUGGAUAAGUUUCGUGAGGGUCAAGUUAAAUUGAAUUCUUGUCUAGAACAACAUUUAACGGAGUAAAAUAACGAUCUAAACACAAUUUUUAUUCUAAUACUGUUGAAGACUUUGAAUGUGAACGUUUUGUUGUCGUUAACGAUUUUCAUUUUCUUAAUCGGUAAGGAAUAUAUAAAUACAUAGUUGUUACGUUACUAUUUUACCUCGUUAAAGUUUUAACAUCGCAACAAGUCUUAAACAAGGGCAAGGAACUAUUCGGUUAACAUAUACACCAAUACUAGUAGCUAAUAUUUAUACGUGUUAAAAUUUUGAACAAACAAAUAAAAUUGAAUGAAUUACGCUGCGAGAACACUGCUUAGAAACCAAAAAUAAAAAAUAUAUUAAAUGAUAAUCCAUUGACAAAUAUUAAAUACAAUGAAUUUACAAUUAGGAUACAGAGUUAAGGUAUUAGAGUAUAUAUGAUCUAGAGAAGACUGCAUCAGUAAGUAAACUGUACAUUAUAAGACCUUUUGUAAUUUUUAUUUAAACUUCCAUUUAGAUGUAACAUUAGUUUGCAGUCUGCCAGUACCCGCAACACUCUUCUUAUAAACGAAUCAUCAGUUUAUUUUUAUUUGCGAAUUUAUAAUAUACUUCUAGUGAGUAAUAAGUAAAUGGUGUGAUGCAGAGAGUGACUUGAGAUUCUCUGCGAGUUUAUCUUAUAGAUCUUCGGGUCAUUGUCUUUUUAGUAUUCUUUUCUUGCAGUAGGGGGUUGAUUUUUUGGUUGCUAUUGUUUGCAAGCAAUUUUUACACAGUGGAAUUACGAUAAGUCGAACUGCCAUGUGACGCAUAUAAAUUUCGAGUUAUCGAAAGUGAGUACUUUAUUUUAUCUACGUCCAUUCCCAUUGAAAUGAUUAAAAAGAAAAUUGAGUCCUAAAUCUGGGAUAAAAGAACAAUUUAUGUUAGUUCACAUGAAUUUGUGUUUCAUAUUUUUGGAAUAAGAAAUCUAGUUCGAUUUUAAUUUAGAUUCACUAAAAUAUCAUCAUUAUGUCAUUCAAAAACUAAAAUCAACUUUAGGAAACGAUGAUAAUGAUAUUAAUCAACUACACCAAUACAUAUAGUUCCAUUAUCUGGUCAUUCGAGCCGAAUAUUAAUCAACUAGAAGGCUUGACAGACUAGAUAAUGUGAUUUUUAGUGUGGUUACUGCAUGUCUUCAAUUAUAAUUGAGUUCUCUUUACUGUAACGAUGAAUUUCAGUUUUGAAUAACAAAAUUUUCCAAAGAAAUUGAUACAAACAUUAUAAUUUUCAAUGUUCAGCACCAAAAUUGCCUGUUAAUCAACGUUUUUUCACGUUGAAACGAUUUAAAAGGCUCUUAAUUUUGUUAUUAAAUCUAGUAUGAUACUUCAAUUAUAAUGCGUUUUCAUGAAUUUAUGUUUGAUAUUGUUGGAAUAUGAAAUCUAGUUCUAUUCUAAUAUAGAUUCACUAAAAAAAAUGAUCGUGCCAUUCUAGAACUUAAACAAACUUCAGGAAACGAUGAUCAUCAUACUAAACCACUACACCAACACUUACGGUAAUAUUUUCUGGUCGUUCGAGCCGGGAAAUAACUAGAAAUAGAAAGCUGCAAAUUGUUUUUUUGAUCUCGUUAUAACUAGUUUAUCUUUAUCAACACUUUUUCACGUCGAAAAGAUUUGAAGGACUCUUAAGUUCUAAGUUUGAGAAAAACAAUUUGGGAUAGUUUUAUUGACAAAUCUACCAUAAAACUUCAAUGAUAGUGCAUUUUCGUGAAUUUGUGUUUCAUAUUAUUGAAAUAUGAAAUCUAGUUUGAUUCUAAUAGAUAUUCACUAAAAAAAUCAUCAUUGUGUCAUUCUAAAACUGAAAUUAACUUUAAGAAAUAAUGAUAAUUAUAAUAAUUAACUACACCAACACUUAUAGUUCCAUUAUCUGGUCCUUCGAGCCGGAUAUUAAUCACCUAGAAGGCUUGAAGGACCAGAUAAUGUAACUGUUAGUGUCAUUACUGCAUAUCUUUAAUUAUAAUCGAGUUCGUUUUAAUGUAGAGACAAAUUACAAGUUUCUAAAUGGCAUUAAAAAACUAAUACAACCAUAAUUAUUCUCUCUUUUCAACGCUCAAAUUAUCAAUUUUUGGUCGACGUUGCCAAGUAAUCAACCAUGUUUGUGGAACAUUAAGGAAAAAGAACAAGAGGAGGAUUUUAUUUAUUGUAAUUUAUAAAUAAUGUUCAAAAAUUAAAGUUUUUCUUGCUAAUUUUCCAUCUUUUUAACGACUAGCCUUCCUUAAUCCGGCACUGUUUACUUGGAAAAGCCUAAAUGUGGAAAUUCCUAUUAAUUGUUCAAAUAACGCCUCCAAUACUUGAAAAAAUGCGGAAUAAGGGUUUAAUGUCAAAUUUUACUGUGUAUUGAGUUUAAUUCCUGAUGUUAUUAAGUCAAAAUUUCUCAAGUGGAACAACAUUUAUAAAAAGUUCAUUUAAUCAGCUUUCCUACUUACCCCUACCAGUUAUUUUAAUGGGACAGAGGAAAAAAUAUAUGGAUAAAGCUUUGAUAUCACAUUUUCUUGAAUAUUGAGCUUGCUUCCUGAUGAUAAUUAAGUUUUUCAAUAAAAUGAAGCAAAAGUUAUAAACGCUUUUAUUUAAUCAGCUUUCCCGCUCACCCCUACCAUUUAUUUUAAAGGUAAAAGUGAAAGUACACGGAUAAAGGUUUGAUACCAAAUUUCACUGAGCAUUGAGUUCCUUUUAUGAUGAUUAUUAAGUUUGUUAAUUAAAUGAGGCAAAAAUAACUAUUUUAUUUAGUCAGCUUCUCCACUCACUCGUACCUCGCAAAUUUUCGCUUUUUUUAACGACUAGCUCUCCUAAAUCCGGUACUGUUCACUUGGAAAAGCAAAAACGCGGCAAUUCCGAAUAAUUGUUCAAAUAACGCCUCAUAUAAUUACUCAAAUGUGGAAUAAACGUUUGAUGAUGAUUUUACUGAACAUUGACCUCAAUAUAAUAACUAUUUCAUUUAGUUUUCCCACUAACCAUUGAAAAAUUCCCCUAACGAUCAUUAUAAAAAUCUUAAAUAAAGUUUCCUUCCUGAUUAUAAAAAAAUUGUCAAAAUUUCUAAUGUGAGAUAAAAUUUUAUCUGGUCAGCUUUCCCACUCACUCCUAUCAGUUACAGAGGAAAAGUAGAGAAUUUGUCGCAUGUUUUUCUUCAUUAUAAUGGUUCAAAGUAUGGAAUAAAAAUUUUCAAUUAAUAUAUUUUUGUCUCAAGGGAUGUAUAUUUGUUUCUACACUAAGAAAAUUAAAAUACCUCAUGAAACACGAAAUAUGGAGCGAAAUAUGUUUAAAUAGAUUCCAAGCCAUUCAACGUAACUUCAUACUAAAAUAAUAUUUUGAUUGAUACAAAUUUCCAAAUUUUUUCUAAUUAAUUUCCGUUGAUGUGGGUACUGAGAUGCAGUUCUUGGAAAAAAACUACAAAACAUUGACUAAAUGUGGAUUAUCUAACUAUUUGUAAAUUGUUUUAAUUUUGAAGGAAAUAAAUAUAUAAGUGAACUAUU